AUGUCGUCCAAGAGCAUCCGGCCGUUGACUCCUGCAAGGGGUGCCGAGGGAGAGGGAUCUCUGCUAACCACACAGGCGGUCGAACUCGAGAGGAUAGGGAAAGAUGGCUACAGGAAAAUAGCAGAGAGCAAUGAUCAUGGCCCCAGUGAAGCGAAGAAGGUGCCCCAGGCUGGCCUGAAGAACUACUUUCGUGUCUUCACUUAUGCAACAAAAUAUGACUUCAUACUCAUUGUUAUUUGCUGUUUCUGCUCCAUCGGAGCAGGUGUCGCAAUGCCACUCAUGAAUGUUGUGUUUGGCCAACUGGUUGGCAGCUUUACGAGUUACUUUACUCCGGGGACAACCGUCACACGAGAUGAGUUCCAGGCAGAGAUUAACAGGCUAGCAUUACUACUUCUCUAUCUGUUCAUCGCGAAGUUUGUAAUGUCUUACCUGUCUAUGCUCACAGUUCGCAUCAGCGGUCUACGCAUGUCUGCCGCACUCCGCCUGGCAUACCUCCGUGCCUUGUUCGCUCAGUCUGUCAGCGUCAUUGAUACCAUUAGUCCUGGCAAGGUGGCGACUCGUAUCACCACUUCGUCGAACACUGUUCAGCUGGCAAUCUCGCAGCAUUUCGCUAUGCUGUUCCAAUCACUAGCGUUCACCAUUGGGCUAUACGUUGUUGCCUUCAUCAAGGGUUGGUUACUUACCUUGGUGGCAUCGACAUCAUUGCCAUUCAUUGUUCUCGUAUACGGCUCCAUGAUUGGGCCAUUCAUACGUAAACACAAGAUCACGGAACAGCUUCAUGAAGAUGCUUCGGCCAUGGCAUUUGAGAUGUUCUCAUCCGUUCGUAUAAUCACAGCAUUUGGCGCAGAGAAGAAGUUGGCAAGCCAGCACGCGACUCUGCUUGAUAAAGCUGCCAUGAAUGAACGCAAAGUCGCUCCGCUGAUGGGGCUUCUGAUGUCCCCGAGCAUGAUGAGUAUGUUUGGUACCUUUGCCAUCACGUUCUGGUUUGGCAUCAAGCAGUAUAGUGAAGGCAAGAUUACGGAUAUUAGUUCUAUCGUUGUCGUUCUCUUCUCCGUAAUGAUGGCGGUCAUGAACAUUGGGAGACUUGUGGGUCCGAUGGUCGCCAUCGGCAAAGCCGCUUCGGCCGCUACCGAAUUGUUCAUCACUAUCGAUUCGCCGAGGCCCAUGGUCACUGGAUUGAAAGAGCCGGAGGUCACCGCCGAUGCUAAUAUUACGUUCGAGGAUAUUGGAUUCUCCUACCCUAGCAGGCCGGACGUUCAGAUCCUAAAGAACCUCAACUUGCAUCUUGAAGCUGGUAAGGUCACUGCUAUUGUCGGACCAUCGGGUUCAGGAAAGAGUACGAUAGUUGGCCUUAUCCAAAGAUGGUACGAACUGAACGGAACAACCGCUCGCGAGAAACCAGAAAAUCCAGUCGAAGUAUUGCCGCAUGGUCAAUCUGAAAAUGGUCAAGACGAUAGGCCUAAGAAAUUUGGGAUGUUCUCGAGAAAGACGAGAGUCGUAAAAGAGGGUGACGAGAAGCCUACGGCAAACAAAUCUGGCGACGACUCGGCAGAGCAAGUAGAUCUUGGACCAAACACAUGUACCGGUACAAUCAGAAUUGGAGAACACGACCUUCGCAACCUGGACCUGAAGUGGUGGCGUUCACAAAUUGGACUCGUGCAACAAGAGCCGUUUCUCUUUUCAUCGACCAUAUACAAUAACGUCACGUUUGGCCUCUGUGGAACCCAAUAUGAACAUCUGCCAAAAGAGGAGAAGAUGAAAAUGGUGGAAGUUGCGUGUCGAGAGGCGUAUGCCGAGGAAUUCAUCUCGAAGCUACCAAACGGUUACGAGACGCUUGUUGGCGAAAGUGGUGUCAAGCUCUCGGGUGGCCAACGUCAACGCAUUGCCAUUGCACGAAGCAUCAUCAAGCAACCACCAAUUCUCAUCUUGGACGAAGCCACAAGUUCUAUUGAUGUCCGGACCGAACGCAUUGUGCAAGAAGCGCUUGAUAGAGUGUCGAAGAACCGCACGACUAUCGUUAUUGCUCAUCGCCUGUCCACCAUCCGACGAGCUGAUAAGAUUGUCGUUCUGCGUCAAGGCACAUUGGUCGAACAAGGCACUCACGAAGAACUACUUCAAUUAGAUGGAGGCGUCUAUCAUGGGCUUGUCAAGGCACAGGAGCUUGCGGUUGAUGCCAAGGAUAUCGUCGAGGACUCUCGGUCUGAAGAAAUCAUUGCCGACGACACUCAACAUUCGCAUGAAGGUGACCAGGUCGAAAAUGUCUCCGGAGUUGACCCAGAGUACAAGAACAUGGGCCUACUGCGUAGCUUUGGAUACUUGUUAUACGAACAACGUCAUCACUGGGUGCUGUACAGUGUUGCUGUCAUCGGUAUCCUGGCAGCAGGCGCCGUCUAUCCGCUUCAAGCGUAUAUCUUUGCGCAACUCAUCAGCGUCUUCGUCCUCACAGGCGAUGAACUUGUCAACCAGGGCAAUUUUUGGGCCGGAAUGUUUGGAAUCUUGGCCGCUAGCAUCGGAGUUGCGUAUUUUGUGCUGGGAACAGCAUGUCAUCUCAUCGCUGUUGCCGUCGUUCGGACGUACCGACAAGAAUACCUCGAGAACAUGAUUCGCAAGCGGAUCCCCUUCUUUGACGAGCAAGGACACAAUCCAGGCUCUUUGACUUCUCAGCUCAGUACCGAUUGUACACAGUUGCAGCAGCUCAUGUCGCUUGAGAUGUCUAUGGCACUGAUUGCGGUGGUCAACCUUGUUGGCUCCUGCAUUAUUGCCUUGAUCUACGGUUGGAAACUAUCACUAGUAGCUCUCUUUGCUGCCAUGCCCGUGAUUCUGGCCGCUGGAUACUUUCGAAUGCGGUUUGAAAUGCAGUUUGAGAAAGCAACUGCGUCGGUAUUUGAGGAUAGCAGUCAGUUCGCAACGGAAGCUGUCGGUGCCUUCCGCACGGUUCUGAGUCUCAUUCUCGAGGAAACGAUUGGGGACAGAUACGACUCGUUGCUCAAAGGACAUGUCGCAGCGGCCUUUAGCAGUGCCAGGUUUAACACCCUCGUCUUCGCGGCCAGUGAUAGCAUUGAAUUGGCGUGUAUGGCACUGACAUUCUGGUACGGCGGCACACUGUUGGCCUCUCGUGAGUACAACUUGAUGAUGUUCUUCAUCCCCUACAUGGCCAUUGUACAAGGCGCAACCGCAGCAGGAACUUGGUUCUCUUUUGCCCCCAACAUGGCCCAGGCAACUCUCGCCGCAAACCGCAUGCUCAGCAUGCGGCCCCCCAAACACACGACCGAGCCCUCGUACGCACCCCUCAACGACUCGACCGCAGGCGUCGGCAUCGAAUUCCAAAACGUCUCCUUUGCCUACAAAUCCCGCGAAGUCCCCGUCCUCUCCAACCUCAACAUCAGCAUCCUGCCCGGCCAAUUCGCCGCCUUGGUAGGGGCCUCGGGCUGCGGUAAGUCCACCACCAUCAGCCUCCUCGAGCGCUUCUAUGACGCCACAGGCGGCCAAAUCCUCUACAACGGCCAACCCAUCACCGCGCUCGACCCCGCAGAAUACCGCAAGCAAAUCAGCCUCGUCAGCCAAGAACCGACCCUCUACCAAGGCACCAUCCGCGCCAACCUCGCCCUCUCCGUCGACUCGGCCACCGACGCCGACGUGGAAGCCGCGUGCCGGGCCGCCCAGAUUCACGACUUCAUCGUCUCCCUGCCCGACGGCUACGCCACCCGUCUCGGCCCAAAGGGCCUCUCCCUCUCCGGCGGCCAGAAACAGCGUCUCUCACUCGCCCGCGCCCUGCUGCGUAAACCAAAACUCUUGCUCCUCGACGAGGCCACCAGCAGCCUUGACUCGGAGAGCGAACGCCUCGUGCAGGACGCGAUUGAGCGGGCGGCGGGCGAGGGCGGACGCACCGUUGUCGCGGUUGCACAUCGGUUGGCGACGAUUCAAAAGGCGCAUGUGAUUUAUGUGCUUGGUGGGGGUAGGGUGUUGGAGCAUGGAAAUCAUCAGGCUUUGUUGAGGGCAAAGGGCGUGUAUUGGCAGAUGUGUCAAGCUCAGGCUCUAGAUCGGUGA